CAAGGUUAGAAGUAAUAUCGUAAUUGACUUGUAUGUAUUGAAGAUUAGUAUUGAUAGCUAGCUAACUACACAUGUACACGUACAUGUACGUGGCAGCCUAGAAGAACCGAUACAGACAAAGAAGGAGCUAUAACAGCGAGGAGAGAAGGAUCACCUCACUCGCUCACUGUGUUCAAGAGGAGAGCCUAAAGAUGUUGACAGACAAAGCAUUGGAAGAAACAACGACCGACUCAGCUCAAAUCAAUAAGGAUGCAGUUGGUGUGGAUGACAAGGCUGUGGUUGAUGGUGACUCUACUGCAGUAGUGGAGGAGGGAAGUGAUGGUGUUGAGUGGGCGGAGUCUCAACUGAGGUUGGUUGUCCAGCAACAAGAAGCCAUCACCGCUCAUCAUACUGCUCUCAGUGAUGCGUUCUUCUCCGCCAUGGAACACUUCCAGCAAGUGCUGGUCGAGAGAAAAGAGUCAUAUAUGCUCAGUAUAGCCACAGUACGAGACUCUAAAGUGGGAGCAUUGGAGAGAUAUCGAGAGGCACUGGAGGGGGUGACCAGGGGAAAGUCCCUGUCUGAGGCUCAGCCGUCUCUCUCUGGUGGUCUAUCAUGUGGCUUCCUCCCUGAGUUCACCACUCUUGUGUUAGCCACCGCCUCUCUUGUCGCUGAACCCUGCGCUGAUGUAGCUGUGGGGGGUGUAAUACCGGUGAAUGUGAUUGGUGGGAUGAGUCCACAGGGGGCAUUCUGGGUACGAGUGCUACCAGACCAGCUGCAAGUGAAGGACCUCAUCUUACAGAACAUCUCCAACGCUAUGCAAGUCCACCUGGACCAGUCAUUUGUGCCCCUCUCCUCUCCAUCACCUGGUGACUUGUGUGCUGCCAAGUACACUCAAGAUGGUCGCUGGUACAGGGGGAGGGUGGCCACACCCCCUAGGUACAACAAGGUGUCAGUGUUCUUCAUUGAUUACGGGAACACGGAGGAGAUACCUCUCCUGUCGCUAGCACCCCUUGACGACGGGUAUCUGGUCUUCCCCCCUCAAAUGUUACGUUGUUCAUUCUGUCCGGAACCAAGCAGUCCCUCCAGAGAGGCCAAGUGGAAGUUUUCAGACCUGACUCAUUCGAAGCCUCUAACGGCUGAGUUGUUAGAGCGUGUCCCUGCCCCCGUGGGUGAGGGUGCGUGGGCGUAUGUUGUUAGGCUAGUGGACAAGUCGUCAGGACAAGACUUUGAUGUGGGAGCCACGGUAACGGCUCUGGAUGAGGCCACUCAGCAGGGGGUCAAGGGUUCCUUUCGCUGUAGGGAUAUCCGCUAUAAGGACCAACCUCUCCCCACUGACGCUAGGCAAGUAGUGUCAGGAGGAGGCGGCCUAUCACAACCGUCCAACUCCUCUCCACACCCCUCACAACCGCCCACGUCCUCACCAAUACCACCAGCCUCACCACUGCUCAUGUCGUCUUCACACCCCUCAUCACCAGCCUCACAACCACCCACCUCCUCUCCACAACCGCCCACUUCCUCUCCACCACCGCCCACACCGUCUGUUACUGAAGAAACAGAUUUGCCAGUGAAAACAGAUGUCCCCACCCCUCAAGACACGCCCACUGAUGACACACCCCCUCAAGACACGUCCACUGAUGGCACACCUCCUAUGGUCACACACACUGAUGACACAACCACUGAUGGUACGCCCACUGAUGACACACACCCUCAAGGUAUGUCCACUGAUGGCACACCUCCUGUGGUCACGCCUCCUCAAGACACACACACUGAUGUCUCACCCCCUCAAAGCCCGCCCACUGAUGGCACGCCCCCUCAAACGACACCUGAGGAUACAGAUCAUUCUAUGGAGCACAAGCCAAAAUCGUUAAACAAAGUUGAAGUCGAUGAGAGUGUUGCUCCUGAGGAGUCAAAGGUGGAGGUUGAAAAGAAGAAAGAAGGAUGCAAACCUCUGGAGCCUCUUAGUAUAAUGAGCGAAGAAUCUGAUUCCAAAAAUCAGAUUCCAAUAAUGCAGAAUGGAGAACAGAAUUGUCUUCCACCAUCAGUGAAACUUGGAUCAGAGCUCACACUAUUCGUAACCACGGAUCUGGAUACAGACGGCAGUUUCUGGGCUCACCAGGAAGCCACGCCCCCCUACGAGGCUUUGUUCGAGCAGCUCCAAGAUCGUACAUCUGAGAUCAAGGACCAGUACACACCAGUGUUUUUCACAGAGGGUGACCUUUGUACUGCACAGUUCUCAGAGGACGACUCUUGGUACAGGGGACGUAUUGAAGGGUUCAAAGGUCAAGAGUUCUCGAUUCGUUACCUUGACUUUGGCAAUGCUGAGCCACGCCCCCAGUCCCUCCUAGCCCCCCUGCAUAGCUCCUGCGCUGAACUCCCACCUCUGGCCGUCAAGUGCUCUCUGGCUAGCAAGUCACACACAACCUUCACGCAGCCGGAGAAGGACAAGUUCAGUGAGCUCGUAUCAGCUGAUGACCCAGUACAGGCUAAGGUGGUGGAAGUUUUGGAGGAGGUGGUUCGAGUGGAGCUAUCGAUUGUUGUGAAUGGGGUGACAUGUGAUGUUGACCGUGAUGUGAUGUCAGCUGAUCUAACGAGGACAAUACAGCCAAUGGAGUACUCUUUAAAGAGCUCCCUCCCUCCACUUACACUUGAAGAGACGGGUGCCAUAGUAACAAGCUGGGCGGACCGGAUGGACGACAUAGCGAGUCCCUCAGGUGACGGACUCACUCUGAUUGGCUCUGGUGGAGAUCGCUUCAAGUCCCCCUCUCCUGUACCCUAUGGUCAAAGGUCAAAUGGGUCACCCAAACAUCAAGGUCGAAGUUCAAAUGGAGCGACGAAGACUCAAAGUAGAAAUUCCAAUAAGUCUCAAGUUCGAAGUUCAAGUGGUACAACCAAACCUCAAGGACGAACUUCAAAUGGUACAACCAAACCUCAGGGUCAAGGUUCAAACGGGACGGCUAAGCCUCAGGGUCUACAUUAUAUCGAAAAAGCGAAUCCUGUCAAAAGGUCGGACCCACACGUUAAUCAUUCAUCGAGCUCUAGUGGUAGACGUGUAGCCACACCCACUUCCACGCGAGAGUCGUCUCGUUCCAACUCGCCCCAGUCUGUCAAAUCGCUACCAGCAACAAUCUCAUCUCGUGAUGGCGUCGGGAAGAAUCGCUCAUCCCCUCGUCUACUAGACAAAGCACAUCUGUCUAUACUCUCCCACCUAGGUACCAAAGGGGCAGAGUCAAGGGAGAAGAGUGCUCCAGCCUCUAUGCGAAUAUCUCCGUCUAGUGGGACCACCCGCUCCCCCAGUCCGAGGGGGCGAGGAGCACGGACCACCCCACCCCCCUCUGCGCGUGAUGUCAGCCUAAGACCAGGACACCACGAGGCUGUUGACAGCAAUGAGAUAGUAUCGCUGUUUGUUAAGAAUAUUCCUGGAAACAUGACCCGAGCGGCCGUCCUGUCAAAGUUCCAAUCUCAUGGUAAAGUACAUAGUCUUGAGAGAGCCAAGGACAGGACCACGGUAUGCUAUGUGGACAUGUUUGCCUCAGAUGCUGAGAGAGCCAUCGCAGCUCUGCACGGGAAAACACUGGCGAGGAACGCCAACCCACUCUACAUUGAGAUUAGUUUCAAGCCAAAGGUAAAGAGAUAAGAACUUUAAGCUUUAAUCAACUCUCCAAACAUGUAACGAGAACAUUUUCCAUUUUUUUCUCAGCUUUUGUUAUCAUCCCUUUAUUUGUGAUCUAAUAAAUUUAUAAAAAUAUGUAUUUAUUCAAACUUG